AUGAGAUAUUUCGGCGACGGUGUUUCAGUAUACGUGGUCACGAGUGCAUUGCAAAGGUUUGUGCGCCAGGUGUUGCCGCACGUGACUAUGAAAUUCACGCUCGUGACUGGAGAUUCUACUGAGACGCCCACUCAAAAUUUGGGCGAAUCUGGCGUUGCCAAGCUUGCCGCAGAUCCCCGCCUGAUCAAAUGGUUUGCCCAAAACGCUGCAAACGGAAAGGCCGAGCUCCCCAAGGUGGUUCCCAUGCCCCUCGGCCUGGAUUACCAUUCGCACAGUCAUGGGGCGACAGGGGACGCUGUCAUUUUUUUUUUAAAUAAGGGCCCUCGAGCCAGCCUCCCAUGCUGA